AUGAACAUGGCGAGAUUACAAAUCGGGUGCUUUCACUUUGAAAAAAAGAUGAAGCCAUCGUGUGGGAUUUCUUCGUCGCAGGUUUUCUUCUCUGUAGCUGCUGUAACUGGCUGCAUCUCUGUCCUUUUCAACAUGACUUCAAUUGACCCUGUUUUGGAUUCUUCUGGUUGUAUAACUGCAAGAAGGGCAUUUAAGUUUGGGCCUACAUAUGUAUUGGAACCUAAAGGCAAACACCAAGCUACCAUUGUUUGGUUGCAUGGCCUUGGUGAUGAUGGUUUAAGUUGGUCCCAGAUCUUGGAGACACUUCCUCUUCCAAAUAUCAAAUGGAUAUGCCCUACUUCUCCUGUUCAGCCAUUAACUCUAUUUGGAGGACUUUCUACAACUGCAUGGUUUGAUGUCACUGACAUCUCUGAAGAUGCAAAUCAAGAUGUAGAGGGAAUGGAUGCUUCUGCAGCACAUGUUUUGAGCUUGCUCUCCACCGAGCCUCCAAAUAUCAAACUUGGUGUAGGAGGGUUUAGCAUGGGUGCAGCAACUGCAAUAUACUCUGCAAGCUGCUUUGCCCGUGGAAAAUUAGGAAAUGGCACCCGUUACUCCGCCCAUCUGGCGGCAGUUGUCGGCCUUAGCGGUUGGCUUCCAUGUGCAAACCAUCCAAGUAACGAGGUUGAAGGCCCAGCUGCAUCCUUACCCAUUUUGCUCUGUCAUGGCAGAGGUGAUGAAGUGGUUUGGUUUCGCUAUGGUGAGAAGUCUGCAGAGAAACUAACUUCAGCUGGAUUUGAAAACUUGACUUUUAAGUCAUUCCACUCGCUGGGUCAUUAUAUAAUCCCAGAAGAGAUGGAUGAAGUCUCCUCAUGGCUAAUUUCAACACUAGAGCUUGAGGGCCCUCAACCUAAAAUUAUGUAAUUAAAUUAUGUAUAUAAAGUUAGUGUUGUAACAGUGAAACUAAAUUUGUGUGUUAUAUUUCCCAACAACCCAAGUACUAUUCACAUACAUGAACAUAUCCUAAAAAGACUCCCUACUAAAUGUCUAGUGCCCCACAUGGCUAUUUACUUAUUC